UCUCUAUCUCUACAUAUAUACAUAUACAUGAACAACAGUAACAAUCAGUUGAUACCACCAUUCAGGUUCUCAAUAGCAGAGGAGAGCCUUUAUAGAGGUUCAUAUCCAACAGAGAAGAACUUAAGGUUCUUGAAGAGACUGAAACUCAAGACUAUAGUAUCAUUAACACCAAAGCCUCCCUUGAAACCAUUUGUUAACUUCUGUGAGAGAUAUAACAUCAACAGUCGUCACUUUGCCGUGUCAAAGUUCAAGGAUGAUGUUACAAUAUCAGCAGCACAAGUAGUACAGUUGUUAGAGAUGAUGAUAGAUCCUGCAAACUUGCCAUUAUACUGUCAUUGUUUGGAUGGUGCCAAUGUUACUGGCGUUAUAUUUAUGUGUCUGAGGAAGUUGCAGAAUUGGAACUUAUCGGGUAUUAUAUCAGAGUUUACGAGAUUCACUAGAGGAAGCUGUAUAGCUUCGUCCGAGUCGGAGUUUGUCGAGACCUUCAAGGCCGAGAUCGACGUGCCAUUGAUCAUCCCCACCUGGCUGUGGCAAGGCGUGCGCAUGGUCAAGCAUCCAACGCUCAAGCUGCGUCUGGUCUCGCCAAACACACAGUCGCAUCAGCAACAACUACAGCAGCAGCAGCAGCAUCAUCAUCAGCAGCAGACGCCCGCCUCGUUGAGUGGGCAGGCUGCGCCACUGCACCACCAACAUCACACACAGCUUGGCCAGGCCGCCGGCCACAUUGGCGCCGCAGGCAACAACACUGUACCAAUAGCCUCAUCAAGCAUCCCAACAACAACAUUGAAUUCACAGCUAAUCAAUGCUGUGGCGCCGAUACAGCCCCACGCCGGAGCACCCGGCCUGGUGGCCACAGGCGCAUCGCUGUCACAACUUCACGCACCCAAGACUCCCUCACUGGCGCCCUCGGCGAUGCCCGCGACACCGGGUUCGAUCACACCGGCGGCGGGCCAGUUCCCAAUCGCACUGUCCAGCAUCCUCACCAGCGGCUCGCAAUCGAGUGGCACUGGCAAGGAGAAGGAGAAGGACAAGAAGAAGAAGAUCGAGGAGAUCAAGCUGCAGUUUGACGCGGGCAAGUUCAAUCAGCCAGUGCAAUCGCGAGCCUUGGAGGCGCUGUCAUUGGAGCGCUCGCCAAUCAUCAUCAGCAUCAAUCCAUCCAAUGCAAACAUACCGUCGGGAUCAAACACCAGCACGACCAGCACCAACUGGAGCAGUGCGGCUGGCAGCGCCACACCGACCAUCAACCGAACACUCCUGCAGACCUCGUCCGAGUAUGCAUUCACCAACAUCAACCUCAUGCAGAACCUAAACGCCAAC